AUGGCUUUGAAGCUCACCUACGAGGAUUCUUUGUUCAAUACAGGAACGUAUUCCAUAAUCCACAACGGUGACGAAUAUUCAGUUGAUCCAGUUCUUUUCUUAAAAUAUUCUAGGAAAUUUGCCCAAUUAUUUAAUUUCAAUGAAAACCAUAUCGAGAUUAAUGACAACUACGAAAAGAGUACAUUCGACCUAUUUAUCAAGGCAUGCCAGUGCCAGCAAAUUGAAAUCAAGGGAGCUGAAUCAGUAUAUUUACUUCUUCUCGCUGAACAUUGGGAAGCAACAACAUUAGUCACAAAAAUCGAAGAAAUUAUCAAGACAACAAUUCCUGCUAAAAUUAUUCUCGAAUUAUAUAAUAAAUUCCUUGGAACUGAUUUCCCAAUCGAAAGACUCGAAGCAAUCAUGACAGCUUGCCUCCCAAGAUAUGUCGAGGAACCUCUUUUCCCAACACUUCCUUACGAAGUUAUUGAUAGGAUCAUUCAUACCUCUCGUGCUAAGAUUGAUCCACUCCAAAUCCUCAAACUUUGCUAUGCAGUCGCUGACCGUCAUGGUCUUCGCUCUGUUGGCAUUGUUCCAAAUACUUCAUUCGAUGAUCUUCCAAAAGAUAUCGUUCUCGAUGUUGCUGCAUUAUGCGAGCAGUGCACAAACGAUGGACUUGCUCAAUUCUUCACAGCUAUGGGACACUUACUUCGCAAAGCUUGUGAUCAAUCACAAGGAGGCACUCAAUUCGAGUUCCAGUGGCGUUCUGGAGAAGAAGGCGACUGGAAUGUUGCUUACGACUUCUACGAUGAGAUCUGCAAAUAUCAAAUCGAGCAAGUCAGGCAGGAAGAUGGAGAUGAAGCCGCAGAAAACGUUGAACCAUCAGCAACAGCCCGUGCAUUCCUUAAAAUUGCUGCUGAUAAAGGUAACAAUGUUGCCCAAUACCAAUAUGCCCUCCAUCUUAUGCAAAAUGCUCAUAAUGAAACGCAAAGACAAAUUGCACUCAACUACAUGAUCCAAGGUGCAGCUGAGAGUAAUCCUGAUGCUAUUACAUACCUCAAGGACGCAUUCCCAAUGCCAAUAGUCCCAACAAACAUGAAACAAUUCGUUUAUUCCGCAUAUACACUUCAAAACUUACUUCUCAAUCUUAACAAGCGCAACAUCAAUAACGCAAAGUCUGCAAUCUACGCUCUCGUUUUUGGAGCCGAAAGAGACGGAAUUACGGUUAUUGUUUCGAAUCUCAUUCGCGCAGCCCAAAUUCGUCAGCGCGAUAUGCUUCUUUUGGCAGAUCUCGUUUUCUACCUCGUUAGUACAGCUAACCAAACAACAAAUAACUACGGCCAGCUCGCAGAUUCACUUUUCUCACAUAUCAUGGAGACAUUCUACACAGAGGAGCCACGCGCUAAGCAAUACGCCCUUGCAAGAUUCCUCUAUCUCCUUAAUCAGGUUAGAGUUUACACUAAUCAAGACAUUUCUGACCGUCUUUACAACUGGAUGGUUCAGAACGAUAGCUUUGUACAGUCCAAGCUCAUUCUCUUCUACUACUUCGCUCCAUUUUUAGAACGUUCUCAUAAGGAUGUUUACAGGAGCUUAGCAGCCCUUCAGUUCGAAGAAGGCAUGGGCUUCCUUGAUAAGAUCAUCCUAGAUUUCAAGGAAAACCUCGAUCAAUACAAAGCAAACGAUUGGGAGAAAUUCUUCAAGGUUCGCGAACAUCAGAUCUACGCUACAGAGCUUGGAGAUGCUAUCUGUCGUGAUGACCUUGGUAAAUUCCAAGCCCUUACAAAGGAAGAAGAUUUCGAUUUCAAUAUGAAAAUUACAAACGAUAUUUACGACAUGGGAAUCGACGAUACAGACGAACUUACGUUAUUACAGUAUACAUGCAUUCAAGGAGCUCAAUGCAUUUUCACAUAUCUUUUACAACGCGGUUUCGUACCGAUGAAGGACAUCGAUGGCAUUUCCAUCAUCUGCGCCAUCAUUGGUCAGCGUAAAUUCAUUACAGAUUUCAUUGUUACUCAGAUGAAAGAGAAAGAUGAAGUAUUCAGACUCGCAGCGGAAUUCCAGAACGUACAGCUCCUUUCACAGUUCUUCAAGACCGCAUUCCCUGUUGCAAAUGUCGACGAGGCUGGUUGCACAGCGCUCCACCACGCUACAGAAAGAGGUUUGGUCGAUAUGGUCAGAAUCCUCAUUUCUCUCGAUGGCUCUGACAUCAAUAAGAAGGAUAUCGAGGGAUACACCGCUCUACAUAUCGCUGCAGAGAAUAACAAUAUAGAACUUGUUAGAAUUCUUAUUGUUUUCCGCGGAAUUGCUCUUGACUGCCGCACUAAUAACCAGUUAUUGCCAUAUGACUUGGCAACCCGUGAUGACGUCAAGGCCCUUCUCAAGAAGAAGUAA